GAAACCAAUUGUGUAAACUAAGACAGCACCUUAAGGUAGCAUGGCCCUUGCAUGUGUCACCAUGUCAAUUGAUUAAUCCUCGCACCAAGUGUGAAUCCAAAAACCCAAAUCCCAAAUACCAACACCCCCACACCAUAAUUGAGCACCUUCACAUGAACAAACCAACCUUACAACUCAUCAAAAUCCUCAACCACAGUUCAUCCCCUCUUCCCCAUUAUGUAUUGCACCACAUUUUUUUAGCAUUAACACCUGCCUCCAAACCAAGCAUGUGCCGACAAAUUGCACCGAAACCAGUCCCAACGCCCACUAUUUCUAUCAUCUCUCUGUUUCCUAACUGAACACCGCUCACUCUGUUUUGCUCCAAAUGACUCUGUUUUUGCCAUUAGGCUUCCCUUCUAAGCACCCUUGUCCCAACAAUGCUUCCACCCUAAGAAAACCAACAACUUCCCAUAACCAAUUGAAAGAAAUACAUUUUCCCAAUAACCCCUUUGAAGCACAUGUUCUAAGCACUACCACAAACCAUAUUCUCCAUCUCCCUUCCUCUGUCUCCCUCUUUCUCUUUCUCUGUCACUCACCCCUGAAUACAUAGAUGACUGAUGCAAAUGCUGAUUCGUUUGAGGCAUUUCUCCAAGGGUGGAGGGUGCGCCAAAGAGGCUACCUUGAUGAGCUUCUCUCAGCUCAGCAACACUAUCACGAGCUGCAGGAUGAUGAUGUGAAGCAAUUGAUCAACAGGGUCGUCUGCCACUAUGGACAAUACUUUGAAGAGAAAUCAAAGAUUGCCCACCAAAAUGUUCUUCUUGUUUUCUCACCACCAUGGUUCAGUUCAUUGGAAAGAACCUUUCUUUGGGUUGGGGGGUUCAAACCUGGAGUGGCCUUUCAGGUUGUGAACGCAGCUUUGGAGGUUUUGUCAGAAGAGCAAAAGGAGAGGCUGAGUUUGCUCAACCAAGAGACCAAGGUGAAGGAGAGAGCCCUCAAUGAUGAGUUGGCCAAGCUUCAUGAGAGUGUGGCAGCUCCACCGCUGGUGGACAUGGCCAGGAGCCAUGGUAGGGUGUGUUUCAGUAGGUCCUUCAUGGCAGAGGGGGGUUCUUCCGUUCCAAGCACUUUCAGAGAGACAUUGGAGAAUCUGGUGGCAAAUGCAGAUGCUUUGAGGACAAACACAUCUUUGAAGAUUUUCCAGAUACUGAGACCUUCUCAGCUUGUUUCAUUCUUGGUUGCUGUGGCUGAGCUUCAGAUCAGGAUUGGGUCUUGGGGUUUGGACAAGGAUGCCCUGAAUGGAGGCCAAGGGUGAAAGUCAAUCAACGGGAAUUUGAAGGCUUUUUUAUGUAAGUUGCUUUCAGUUUUUGUCUUUUUUGGGAACUGGUUUGAGUUGGAGGAUGGAUACAUAGGCAUUUAGCCUUUUAGCAUCUUGAUGAUGGAUGGUGUGCAUUGGGCAGUGAGCAUGUUCACUGCCUGUAAUGUUGUUUCUCUCUACCUGGUUUGGUGGGCAUUGAACAAUGAUGAACAAAACAAGGCCAUGCAAUGCAUACUUUUAUCUAGAGGCUAAAAGCACCAAUAUAUUUCUACCUCUUGAGAUAGAGGCAAGUACUCCAGGUUCUCUCUACUCAAGCAGCUACCCCAGAUUUCAAUUGGUUGCUAUAUUUACCAUAGUAAGUAGGUAGUAGAUACCUAAGGAUUAUUUAUUUUUCUUUUUUUUUUUUGUGAUAUUAAGACAUGUUUUCUAAUUUCUAGUGAAGAACUUGGAUGGAUGUAUAGGAUGUGGUACCUUGAAAAUUACUUUUCAACGUCCCACUCACUUUGACAUUGCAUCAAAGUAAGUUUCUCCCUAAGGGGUCUUUUUGGUCCUUUCCUCAACACAAUGCCUAAUGCUAAAGCAGCAGUUUCAAAGUUCAAACAUUCAGCAUCUACAAGUUAUCAGAAGUGAAAGAGUGGAUAUGGAGUGGAAGAAUAUCCCAAGAUCAUUAAUUUUCAUUUCCCUUCUUUGUUAUUCACACAUUUGUAUGAUUAUUUAAUGCUAAUGAAUUGUUAUUUAAUUCAUUAUUA